GGGAGCGGCCGGGCCGGGCCGGGCGGGCCCGGAGCCGGGGCCAUGGCGCUGCCUGCGCUGUCCAGCUCGGCCGUGAAUUUCCGGCGGGUCCUGGCGCACUUCCCGCAGGAUCUCAGCCUGGCCUUCGCCUACGGCUCCGGGGUGUUCCGGCAGGCAGGGGCCUCGGCCGAGCACGGCGAGAACAAUGUGCUGGACUUCGUGUUUGCUGUUGAUGAUCCUGUGAACUGGCAUACGACGAACUUGUUAAAGAACAGGAGUCAUUAUUCCUUCCUAAAAUAUUUUGGGCCUAAAAAGAUAACUACCAUACAAAAAUAUGGAGCAGGGAUUUACUACAACACGUUAGUGCCAUGCAAUGGCAGGACGAUAAAAUAUGGAGUAAUUAGCACUGAUGCCCUGAUUGAGGAUUUGUUUCACUGGAAAACUCUUUAUGUYGCUGGGCGCCUACAAAAGCCGGUGAAAAUCCUGGCCCARAAUGAGAACAGCAAGCUUCAAGCUGCUCUUGUCAGCAACCUGAAGAGUGCAGUCACAGCAGCCUUCCUCAUGCUGCCAGAGAGCUUCUCUGAAGAGGAUCUUUACAUGCAGAUUGCAGGACUCUCCUACACUGGUGAUUUCAGAAUGAUAAUAGGAGAAGACAAAUCCAAAGUGCAGAACAUAGUGAAACCCAAYGUUGCCCAUUUCCAGAAGCUGUACAGUAACAUACUCCUGGACUGCCCUCAAGUGGUGUACAAGCACCAUCUGGGAAGGCUAGAGAUUGACAAAAGUCCAGAAGGUCAAUUUACACAACUUAUGACUUUGCCAAAGACUUUGCAACAAAAGAUAACUGCCCUGGUAAGCCCUCCUGGAAAGAACAGAGAUGUGGAAGAAAUUUUGCUGCAAGUUGCCCAUGACCCUGACUGUGGAUUUGUGGUGCAACAGGGCAUUUCAGGAAUUGUGAGAUCCUCCAGUAUAGUGCAGAGUGCUAAAACCAUCCUGACAGCUGGGGCAAAGAAGUCUGUAACUUACAGCUUGAAGAAAUUGUAUAAAAUGACAAAGGGAGGGUUAAAGACAUCUUGAGUCUUUACAUACUGUGUAUGGGUAAAUAAAUGGUACUUUUUCUCUAAAUAUUUUGCAGAUGUGACUUUGCAUACUUGAGAAAAUUACAGUGUAUUUAAGAAGUCUCUUCUAAAAUGGUUUACAUGCUCAAUUUUACUAAUGAAAUAGAAACUUUUUGUAAUGGGAAAAGGUUUGUUGGCACUAGGGCAAAGGAAUUAUACUCUGUAAAUACUGAAAUGAAUUUUCCUGUAUAUUGGAGCCUGAAUAAAAAGGAUUGAUUAUACAGGUGAAUUAAAAUCCAAAGUCACUCAUUUUCUAUGUGUUGUUAGCUUUACUUCCCAAAAUACCCUCAGAGUCUCUUUCAAAAUGAUCCUAAUUUAUAUCAGUGUCCCAAAUUUAGUUCUUUCAGGGAUUUACAGAACUGGAGAAUCCAUUGAGUUUUAAGUAGAAUGUGGAACUGCCCUCUGACAUUUCUGCACUGACAAGUUCACCCUUAGAAUUCCUCUGAGGAUGCUUUGGCAGGGKAGACCUUGGGAAAAGUAAAUUAUUUCUCAGAUGUGUGACAUUCCUGAAUCCAAAAAACUGUCCCAAUAACUUUCAGUGUGGAGUAGAGCAAUGAGCAGCUCGGCAGGUGUCAGAUCCUUUAAUAAGGAUAUUUAAUAAUAUUAUUAAAUAAGGACAUYUAAUAAUAAUGAAUUGUGUGUUCCUCUCAUGACAUUGAAUUGAAAACUGUCCAACUGAUGGCUCAGCAUUGUCACAAGGGCCAGAGUUGGAAGGAAAAUUGUAAUUCCAUGGAYCUGCUUGGACAGAUUUGGAAAUAGCUGUUGUUUGGCAGAUUUUAUCAAAACACUUUAAAAUUGGGAAUAUUAUGAACCAAAGCACAUACUGUUUGAUUCUUUGAUUGUCUCUUUCCCCUGAAAAUACUGCCCACAAAGAUGAAACUUGAGCUCCCUUUAAAUUAGCUCWAUUUGAGACAAUUGGAGUUCUGUAUGACAUGUGACAUUAAUCAUGCCAUGAAAGAAUGGGCAUUGCUGGCAGUAUUUGUGUCUGGUGCAAUAAAUUGGGAGGAUCUUUUGUAAAUAGAACAUUUUUCACAUUGAGGUGGGUUUGCUAAUUUGGGAAAUUUUUCUUAAUAGAAAUAAACUGAGCCAAUAUUUCAUUCAAUGGUAAAAAAAGGAAAUAAAAGAUA